AUGUCCGCUGUUUCUGAAAAGUCCAUCGAGCCUGCCACGGCCGGAUCUGUUGAGUAUGCAAGACAGCAUAUGGACGCCGACACCAAGGCGCUCGUCACAAAGUUGGUCGGCGAGGAUGGCCUGGACAAGUUCCUCGCGUCUGGCAGAGUCGACGGCACUGUGUUCAAAUACAUCGCCGAUGCCCACGACCACAACCGCUAUAUUGUAGCGGAGUUCAAGCAUAUCUUUGCCGAUAUGAUCAUUGCUGCGGCGCCUCAGGCGGACCAGCGGACGCUCAGUGUCACUGCGAAGGUCCAGCCAGACGUGUACAUCUCGCCAGCUGCGGCGGCGGCGGCGGCGCUCAUUGACAAAAAGUGCCCUUCUCCCCGGGAUGGCACGGAGCUUACAGAAGACAAUGUCCCCAGGGACGAUGGCGGCAUGGAACUCUAUCUGUUUGAACUGUGGACCGUCUUCUUGCAUGCCGUCAAGAUAGUCCCAUACGACAACCCUCUCCAGUACGAGCUCAUGGGCUUCCUCAGGAGCCUUGGCUCAAAGUCCAGAGGAACUGUGCGUGUGUGGGAGAAAGAAUUCAAUCUCUGGACUGACUUUCCGCUGCUUGGUGCCGUGGAGCGGGAAGAAUGGAUACAUUUGAAAGCCCACGACGUGGUGCGUUGCAUGGAACAAGGCCAUCGGGACAGGCUCGACGACGAACGAAGGCGCUUUGCAUUGUAUGAGCAGCAAUGGAUCAGCUUUUCCACGUUCCAGGCGCGCCGGAUCGCAACGGACCCCGAGGCCGGCUUCGGCUGGCUGUUGUAUGGCUUCAUAGACACCGCCCAGGCUGUCGAGAAGCCUCCUCCUCCGCAGCCGGACGGCCCCGACGACGUCAUCGGCGCGACACACCAACGGGCUUUUGCGUGCGCUGUGCGUGUUGCGUGCCACUGGAUGCUGCUCACAGGAGGAAAACUCUACCGCUGGACCAUCCGCGACAUUGACGACAACCUGGACAACGGAACGGCUCGCUUCUGUGACGAGAUGUCCCUCCGAAUGAUGCGUAAGAACAUGUACGAGCUGUACGUGACGAGCGGCGGCACGGAAACUGGGAAACACGGCCCACGCUGGCUGUUUUGGCAGAAGCGCUUCGAGACGCUGGGGUCCAGCGAUGCAAGCGACCCGAACAGCGGCACACGGCUGGGCCUCGACGAUGAUCUGCGCACAGUGGCACGUCUGACUGCCGAGCGCAUGGUUGGGUACCAGGCGCAGGUCGACGCCGAGCUUUCUGGGAAGGCUGAGAAGGCCGAGAAGGCCGAAAAGGCCGAAAAGGCCAAGGGUGCCAAUGAGUGA